UCGACAACCGGUUACAUCAAGCAUCGGGGCUAACGCAUUUUUAUAUUAAGUACUAUCCUUCUAGUAUAUUUACUUUGUAGAUGUUGGUGAUCCGAGCGAAUGUGGCGUCCGCUGCGGUUUUUCGCUCCCGGCGUUGUUACUAUUCUGAGCGAAAUUUUCUAAAACUGAAAGACCGUGGCUUUAUACAGGAUGUCUUCCCAGCGGAAGCGGCGAACAAGGCCUCCACAAUGCUCGGUUCUUCGUCACAAACGGUGUAUGCUGGCUUCGAUCCUACGGCCAACAGCUUGCAUGUCGGCAAUUUGCUCGUACUGGUCGGUUUGCUGCAUGCACAACGGUCUGGCCAUCAACCAAUAGCGCUGGUUGGUGGAGCGACCGGCUUGAUCGGGGAUCCGUCCGGUCGUAAGACGGAGCGAAUACAGCUGGAAACACAAACCGUACAUCAUAACGUCGCAUGCCUCAUGGAGCAAAUUAAAACCAUCUUCGCUAAUCAUGAGCGAUAUUUCUGGGACGCAAAUUCAGCUGCUCUGAAGCCAGUGGUGGUGGUUAACAACGCUGAUUGGUACCAGCAGUACAAUUUCGUCGACUUCAUGGCCAACGUGGGACGCCACUUUCGCAUGGGAGCGAUGCUGUCUCGCUUAUCCGUUCAAACUAGACUUCAGAGCGAGUCUGGGAUGAGUUUUACUGAGUUUUCCUAUCAGCUGUUCCAAGCGUACGAUUGGCUGCACCUGCUGCGGCACCACGAGUGUCGCUUUCAGCUCGGUGGAUCCGACCAGAUGGGCAACAUCAUGUCGGGCCAGGAGCUGAUUAGUCGGACUGAGCCGAAAGAAGCAGUGUUCGGGUUGACGCUGCCCUUGAUCACCAACGAAGAAGGAGACAAGUUUGGCAAAUCGGCCGGCAAUGCCGUGUGGCUGUCCAGUCAACGAACGACACCGUACGCCCUGUACCAGUUCUUUAAACGGACGCCAGAUAAGGCGGUAGAGCGACUGCUUCGGUUACUUACGUUCCUACCGCUCCCGACUAUCGAACAAACGAUGGCCAGGCACCAGCGCGCACCCGAACUGUGGGAAGCACAAACCCUGUUGGCGAACGAGCUGACCCGGCUCGUUCACGGGGACGAGGGAUUGCAGAAAGCAAAGGCUAUUAGCCAAGCGCUUUAUAGUGGGGAUAUUUCCACCCUCGAACACAUGACCGUAGAAGACAUUUCUCAGUGUUUCGAUGGUGCGCCCCUGUGCAAUGUGCUACCGGAACCAGGUAUGACUGUAUUGGACGUCGCAAUGCGAGCCAAAUGUUUCCCAACGGAAAAGGAUGCAAUUCGUAUCAUUUGUUCCGGUGGUUUUAGCAUCAACUUUAAGAAGGUCAAAAAUACAGCAGAAGUGUUGAUACCGUCUGUUCACAUAAUUUCAAACAAAAUUUCUAUUCUUCGGGUAGGCAAACGAAACUAUUACAUCGUUCGGUGGUUGAUGUAACGUUGAGUGAACAAUUAUCAAUUGAGUAAAUCUUGAAUAUAAAACA